AUGGCGAAGAAGAAUUAUGUGUGCAAGCUGGACAAAGCUCUGUAUGGACUGAAGCAAGCACCACAUGCUUGGUAUGCAUGGCUCUAUGGUAAAUUAGAGGCUCUCAGAUUUGUGCCCUCCAAGGCGAACACAUCUCUUUUUUAUUAUAGAAGAGGAAAGCUUGUUAUGUUUGUCUUGGUGUAUGUUGAUGAUAUAAUUGUGGCAAUCUCCUCUCAUGAAGCAACGGGUGCCUUGCUUGAAGACUUGGAGCAAGAGUUUGCAUUGAAAGAUCUUGGGGACCUCCAUUAUUUUUUGGGUAUUGAAGUGCAAAGAUCCAGAGAUGGCUUGAAGCUGUCACAAGGGUGA